CUUUCAGUUUCAGAAGAAAUCCGUUUGAGCUAAUUUUUGUUUGGAAAGGAAGUUGUAAAACCUGUCGGACUUUUGCGCUAAAGUCUACUGAAUACAAAAGUCAUGGCGUUUACAGAUGACGAUGACAAUGAGGUUCCAGAACGCGAAGAGAAAGAAUUUCGCUUCAAACAACUGAGCAAGAUCCGAAUCUCUGAAACGCCAGCACACCUACCGUUGAGCAAGACAAGCCUGGUGGCUGUAGCGAAUAACUUUGGAUUGGUGUUUGUUGGAAGUGAUGUGGGAUUCAAAAUAUUGAAAACUACAAGCAUCAUUGAAAGAAGCAUCGGAAGACAAGUGAAUGAAGUUGUGGAAGAUUUUGAUUUCUGGGGGAACGUGGUGCUGCAGCUAUGCCCGACCCAUAUCUGCGUCAGUGCAGAUAAUCUUUCCUUGGCUGUGGCUGUCAACAGGAAUGGGGCAGCUCAUCUGCUGCUGUUUGACAUCAGGGCGUUUGCAAAUAAAGGAACACCGCCAGCCCCAUUCUUCAGUACUGCCCUCACCUCGACACCAUGCUGUACUGUCUCCAGCAUGCAGUGGAACCCUACUACCCCUGGCCUCAUAGCCAUCUGCCUGACUGAUGGAAGUCUAUCGCUCUGGAUGCUGGCGGAACAGUUUGCAAGAAUUGCAAGACUUGGAAGGGAAUAUAAUUUCACUGCAAUCUGUUGGAGUCCGAAGGGCAAGCAGCUGGUGGCAGGUAAACAAGAUGGGACCCUGACCCAGUAUGGUCAAAAGUUGGAAGUGAAGGCCAAUAUUCCGUGCCCAAAUGUCUUCAACCAAACCUUCCAAGUGACUGACGUGCUGUGGGCCAGUACGAAUGUGUUUGUAGGGUCAUACAUCCCCCUUGAGGCUGAUUCAACGAUUCAGCCAGCGAUAGUCAUCACAACUACAUCAAAAACUGCCCCACCUAGUUUUGUUGGCUAUGAUGACAUAAGUUAUGGUUGUGAUGAGGAGCGCAACGCAGGAUAUCUCUUCACCCAGAUCAUGGAGUGGGAGAUGGUCAUUGGUGUAUCGUACAAGGGUCAAGAGGUUGGCCUCCUGGGACGAGGUCUCCAAGACAAGAAUCGUUGGGAGAUCUGGAGCCUAGAGGAUUCUGGGCGAGCGGAGUUGCCGCUGACUGAAGAUCAGGAGAACACAUAUCCAAUGGGUUUUGGUGUCGACUUCACAUCCACAUAUGAGAUUCCACUGGGAGAAAACAAGACACAUCCAUCAUCCCCGAUCUUGUAUCUUCUGUCUACUGAUGGUGUAUUGUGUCCGUGCUACAUGAUGUUUGAUGGAAGACCAAACCUUACUAAGCCACCACAGCCAAUACCACAGGGUGGACGACAACCUGGAUCAGUCAGCAUUGCUCCAGGAUCCGAGAUUGGAGGAAUACCAUCCCCUCAACCUCAGGUGGCAGCUGCAGUUCUUCCACAGCUAAGACCUGUGGCGGCAGCACCUGCACCUAAGGAGACUCCUUCCCCACCUGCCCAACCAUCACAGCCAAAACUCUCCUUGGGAGCCCCAGCUCCCACAGGUCCAGGAUUCUCAUUUGGAGCUACAGCUAGCAAACCAUCAUUUUCAUUUAGUGGACAAAAUCAAGAAAGUGCAAAGACUUCAGCGUUUUCUUUUGGUACAACCCCUGCUGCAACAGGGACUUCCCCAACAGAACCACCAAAGGCAUCUAGCUUUUCAUUUGGUGCAACUCUUGCACAACCUUCAGCCACACCUAUUUCCCCGCCACCAGCCUACUCACCAACACAAGGUUUCAGCGCUCCAGCCAAAGAAGCCACUCUUCCAUCCUUUGGUUCCUUGGCAGCCAAGGUACCUGGAGCUCCAACACUGGCAGGUUUACUAUCUGUUCAGCAGAGGCCUGGUGGUGUUCAGCUUGGCCAGGGUGGUGUUCAGCUUGGCCUGGGUCUCCCCAACCCUCAGUUGACUGCCCCGCCACCUAGAUAUACGGAGCCCUUGACCAUGCAACAGAAACCAAACGUCAGUGCUAGUACAGUUCAUCCGACCCCUGUGAUUGGUACAGCGUCGUUUGCUACAAGUACCAGACCUUCCCAACCAACAAAUACGUUCACGGGCCAAACUUUGAAUGCGAAUCAGACAGCUGGGUCAGGAUUUGCAUUCGUAUCGCCAAAGUCAUCUUCGCAGCCACAGCCUGUUGUUAACAAACCAACUCCGCCACCACCAGCUGUCAGCAAGCCAUCCAUCCCACCACAACAGUUACCGGUUGCUAGCCGCCCUCUUGCCAGUGCCAACAAAUCACAGAACAGACCAAUAGCGACUGCCAACAAGGAGCCAUCGCCUAACCGACCCAUUGCAACUGCGCAGACUCCAGGACGACCCAUCUCGAUGCAGCUGAAGCCUCAGUCACGGACACAGCCGAUGAAACCAACUGGUGGGCCGACAUUACAGCAGAGCGUAGUCAGUGCCAAGGAAGCCGGCUCGACUAAUCCAUUUAUACAGAGUAUCCUGGAUGAGACCUCCAACUUCCAGAAAGAGUUAGAUGAGCUGAAGGUCAAAGCUGGUCCUCGAACUGUAAAUAUUGGCACAGGAGAUGAGAUGCUGUACAUUAAAAAGCAGAUCAAAGAGAUGAAUGGAUUCUGUGCCGAAAUCAAAGAAAAUGCUCAGUGCAUGAACAAAGAAGUAAACACCUUGAAAUCAGAAUGUCUCGAGAUCUUCGCUCAAGUUGAAGAUUGUAAAAUGAAGAGCCAGCGCAACAGUCGUCCUGAAUAUCUGCAGUUGUUGAGGUCAAGGUCGCUGGACCCAGCGAGUUCGAGGACGAUGCACCAGAUCCAUCAGUUGUACCACUAUCUUGACAGUGGGAUACGCGAUGCCAGCUCAGUGUUGGAUGCAGAAUGGGAGCAAUUUCAGGCUCGGAAGAAGGGCAAUAGAAGGCGUCUCCAGAGUCCAGCAUCAGACACAAUCUACCGGUCACUGAGCUGCAACACAAACGUCAUCUCUGAGCAGCAGCGGAGGCUGGAACAGAUCACGGAGCAACUCAAGGGCGUGAAGAUGUUUAACACUACAUCCUCAUGGGAGAUAGCAUCGCCAUCCACAUUGAAAAAAGAGGACACGAUAUCAUCUCCUGUUACCGCAAUGAUGGAACAAAUCAUGACACCUAGCAAGGCAUCACCCCCACAGGUGUCGCCACAGAAGCAAGCCAAGCUGCGUGAGAUACUAGGCCGUAGAAAGAUCACGCCAGUCAAAAGUACAGCCCCUGCAAACCUCUCCAUAUCCAAGAUUAUCUCUGCUGAAGCUCUCAACAGGAUGCUGUCAAAUAGUCAGAGCAGUAUAGAUGAGUAUGAAGAGGAGACUGGAGAAGAGGACGAAGAAGAGGAAGAAGAGGAAGAAGAAGAAGAAGAAGAUGGCGAUGAUGAUGCUGUUUAUGAGCCUAACACUGUCAGGGCAAUGACAGAGGUACAGAUGAGAGCAUUUAUGCCACAUCUGUUGAUGCAGUCAACACCUAAUAAAGUGCAAAUGGAGGCGGCAGAGCCACUUCCCAGGCUGUAUAAACCUGCCGUUAAUGUCCACGGGAAAGGCACAAUAACAUACGGUAGCCCGCCAAAACAAGGCGAGCCAAGGCAACAGCCGAUCGUGAAAGUUGCAUACCCUGGGUUAGAUUUGAAGCAGGAUAUAACGUCUCCGGUGAAACUUGACAUGUCUAAGCCGGCGUUACCAGCAAACGUGAGCGUCGGGAAGCAGAUCCAGUCAGGGAUGAGUCCGAAUGUUGCCAAUAUGUCGGCCAAAGACAAGUUUCUAUUGGGUCAGUUCAAAUCGUUUGCGAAUAUUCCAACGAGUCAUCAAGGGUCGACAAAUGUUACGUUAGACAAGCCUGUGGCGGUCCAUGCCAAGUCGGCAGAUGCUGUGAAACCUAUUCAGAGGAAUCUACCACAAGUGGAGGACAUCACACCACCAACCACCCCACCCCCUGAUGGCAGAUCACCUGAACUAAGCCUACCAUCCGUGCAGCCUCCUGCGAUGAAAUCUCGGUUUAGUGCCCCAUCGAGCAACACUGCAUUUAUGGCCACUAAACCUGACGCCAAGCCAAAUUUUGGAGGUAGUGUAUUCCAAGGGAACCCAGUGUCUGGUCCUGGUUCCAUGUCGGGAUUCUCUACCAUGUCAACUACCAGUGCUGGAUUUGGUGGCCGGCCAACGACAAGUCUUAGCUUCGGAGGUCCAAAACAAGGUCAAGUCUCAAGCGUAGCAUCUACCAGCUCCGGUUUCUCUUUUGGUGAUAGUGCACCUGGCAGUGCCACCGGGAGUCCAGAAGGAAAACAUGCUAGGCCAACAUCUGCAUCACCAGCAACAUCGCCAGGUGGUACUGGGUUCAACUUUGGAAAUGCUACAGCAGGAAAUACUCCAGCGAGUGGGUUCAGUUUUGGCCAAGCCCCAACCUCCAAGUCAGGGUUUUCAUUUGGGAAAGCUACUGAAGAUACAAGUACCACUGUAAAAACUCCUGUGGCAACCCCUCCUGCAAGCACAGGAUUCUCAUUCAUGCCGGCCUCAAAAGAUGCAGCGAAUACAGCAAGUGUUGCCUCUUCUGCCGCAACUUAUACUCCAGCUGCAACAGCUCAGGCCUCAACUUCAGGAAGUUUUGCAGCAUUGACAUCAAGCUCCAAACCUUUAAAUCUCUCCACGUCAGGUGUCAGUGCUCCAAAAACAAGCUUCUCAUUUGCACAGGCUGCUACCGCCAGUGCAGCACAGCCAACAAGUCUGUUUGGGGGAUUGGGAGCGAAGCCAGUGACUUCUACAGCUGCAACAAUCGCAGAACAAGAUGAGCCAGUUUCCAUUGCUACGACUCCUGUGACGCCAACUUCCACAUCGUCCCAACCUUUGUUUGGCAAGGGAACUGGUUUCUCCUUUGUGAAACCAACAUCCACAGCAAGUGGUGGCACCAUAUCACUUGGACAGCCCAGUACUUCUGGACAAACACCAACCAUCUUUGGUGGUCUCAUUACCCAAACAUCAGCAGUAUCAUCAACAACAACUGCGGUCCAGCCUGAUGGAACCAGUGCAGCUGCUUUGAGCCCUGCACUAACUCCGACUUCCAUUACCAGCACAGCCACGACAUCUGGGCUUGGCACUUUCAGCCAAGCGUCUGCCUCCACAACCUCUGUGGCUAGCACUUCAACAGCUCCUAGCUCCUCAACUCCUACCACUCCAACUGAGACUCCAACAGCACCUAACACUGCAACUACAGGCACAGGCCUGUUUGGUGGCAAACCUACCUUUGGAUCAUCAAGUACAAGCCUGUUUGGUCAACCAGCAUCCACCACCUCAACCAGCUCAUUUGGCCUAGCUGCAGCCAGUUCGACCGCCGUGACAUCUCCGUCUGAUCAACCUUCUCUUUUUGGCCAGCCAAAAACAGAACAACCCAAAACGUCAUUGUUUGGUCAACUGGCUACAUCUACAUCCACAUCGGAAGCUACAAAGCCAUCUCUGUUUGGUGCAAAAUCAGAAUCAUCGACAUCGGUUUUUGGCAAACCUGCCGUGUCGGCAUUUGGACAAACGUCCUCAUCAAGUGUGUUUGGUCAAACUCCAUCCCCUUCAACCAGUGUGUUAGGAUCAUCUGCUUCUACAACAAGCGUGUUUGGCCAACCGGCAACAAUUGCCACCACCACCUCUGUGUCCAUGUUUGGUUCUACCACCAGCACAGGGUUUGGUACCUCUUCAGCAUUCGGUCAGACUGCAUCGAGUACACCAAGCAGUACUUUUGGAAGUUCUGGGUUUGGGCAGACGUCAACUGGAGCAUUUGGAUCCCAAGGAUUUGGCAAGACGACCUUUGGUCAGUCUCCAGCAUCUCCGAGCCUAUCGUCUGCUGGGUCCACCUUCGGCCAAUCCAAGCAAGCCUUUGGACAGUCGGGAUCUUUGUUUGGUCAAACAUCGACUAGCAGUAGUAGUUCAGCGUUUGGUGGAUCAUCUGAUGCGUUUGGCCUUGGAGGCAAGCCGAAUCCUGAGAAUGUAAACAAGAACGUGUUUGGCAGCACGGCUUCAUUCGGUCAGUCUUCACCCUCUGGUGGCCUAUUUGGUAGUGGUGGUGCAACAGCAUUUGGCAAUAAGGAAACAACAAAGCCUGGAGGACCAUUCAGUGGCUCGACAGGUGUUGGAUCGUUUAGCAGUCCUGGUGCAACUUCAUCAGGUUUCGGAGGAGGAGGUGGUUUUGGAGGCUCUCCCUCAUUUGGCUCUGCUCCAGCAUUUGGGAGUGCUCCAGCGUUUGGUGGUACGGCAGCAUUCGGCAGCAGUACAGGAGGAUUUGGCAGUCAACCAGUAUUUGGCAGCCAGGCACCGCCAGCGGGGAAUGUGCAGACGACAAAGGUGUUUGGAUCAUCCUCUCCUGUAGCGGCUGGCGGAUUUGCAAGUUUGGCUCAAACCAGUCCAACAUUUGGUGGUAUGGCCAGUCAGGCUGCCGCGCCAUCCUUUGGUUCAGUUGCACAGCAGAGCCCAAGUGGAUUCGGGGCAGUUGCACAACAGAGUCCAGGAGGGUUUGGAGCAGUUGCUCAACAGAGUCCAUCAGGAUUUGGAGCUCUUGGUCAGCAGAAUGCAGGCGGGUUUGGAAGUCCAGCAUUUGGAGGAGGAGGCUUUGGUAGUCCUAGUGGAAGUGGGUUUGGCUCUCCCGCGACUCCCAAGCAAUCAUCUUUCACAGCAUAUAGGUCAUAAAACAAACUAUGUAAUGAUGUGUAAUGAAUUGAUGAAAUGGGACAUCUUUGAUGUGACGAAUGGUGACCCCAAUGUGGUGGAGGACCUAAACUCUUUGUAGGUCAGUUGUUUCUACAUCUUCGACUGGCCACAACAAUAUCUUGUUUAUUUGUAAAAUAAUCAUGGUUACUUUUCAAAUAAAAUCAUAGUUA